UUAGCAGGUGAAUUAAGCUCUUUAAACACCACCUCCAUCAGUCUCAGCCUCAGUAGCGGCUGAGUGAACAAGGAGAACUCUUCAUCUCAGGAAAGGUCGACGAUUUUAAAUUAGAAUUUGGUUCAAGUGCAAUUCUGUUGUUUCAUAAACUGCUUUAAGAAAACAAGAAUAUCCUGAGAUCAGGCUGUACUGCUGCAUGAUAUUGCUGCUAUCCUCAUCAAACUGGAAAACAUGCAUCUUGCUGCCCAGCUUCUGUUUUCAAGGCCCAUGAAUAACAAAUCUCCCAAGAAGAUGUCUUCAGAAGAAGAGGAAUUUGAUCCCUUUUGGAGAAGUUCUGAAAAUGGGGGACAGCAGGCUCACCAGUGUCCAUCUACAAGCAGUGAUUCCCGUCACCAUCGGGAUGGCCAAAUUGUGAAUGGGUGCCCCUUGCUCCAGCCCAGGGCAAUAAAUCCGGAGAGGCUGAAGGACUUUGGGGAGGAUGAGUACCUGGAAAAAGACGUCAAGACUUGUGAAAUAGCCGUUACGGGCCACUCAGAGACACAGCUCAGCAAUGCCGUAAACAUGCCAGAGUACAAGACAAACCGGAUCCUAGGAAACUACAGCGGAAAAUUCCAAUUUGAGGACAUCAGUGUAGCAGCUUUCAAAAUCUCAAAUGGAGUCCAGAAAACCCCCUGCACAUACUCCAGGCUCUCUAAGCAAUAUGGGAUGGAUCUUUACUUGAAGAAGGAAUAUCUACACUAUACUGGCACUGUGAAAGAGCGAGGGGUGUGGUACUUGCUAACAUCACUAUCAAAGGAACAGCAGAGGAAGGGUGUGAUUUUGGCAUCGGACAACAACUUCUCGAAGGCCAUGGCACACCAUGCCACAGAGCUCCACAUCCCUGUCUUCAUUAUUGUGCCUACCAACACCUCACCAGGCAAGGUGAAAACAUGCCGUGAGUACGGAGCCUUGGUGAUUACCUACGGAAAUAGUGUACAGGAUUCCCGGAGCCAUGCAAAAAAACUGGCCACUGAGAAUGGCUACCUCUAUCUGCAGGAGGAGGAUAGCGCACCUUACUUGGCAGGACUGGGCACCAUGGGGCUUGAGGUUUAUGAGCAGGUAAACAGGCUGGAUGCCGUGAUCCUGCCAGCAGGAGGAGAGUAUAAUCUUCUGGCAGGGGCUGCUGCCCCCAUCAAACAUCUCAAUCCGGGCAUUACAGUCAUUGGUGUGGAGCCUGAGAGUUAUUCAACACUUCAACAAUGCCUCGAGCUGGGACACCCUCCAGCAGACUCAGCCUGCACUAGGCACAGAAUAUAUGGAGAAUUGUUCAACUCUUCUUUUGGCAGUACUGCCAUUCAGAUGACCAAGAAACUCAUAGAUAAGGUUGUUACCGUUAAGGUGGAGGACAUCCUACUCGCUAUUCUUCGCUUGAUGGAGUAUGAGAGGGCCAUAGUGGAUGCUGAGGGAGCUAUAGGCCUUGCUGCUGUGGUUGCUGGGAAGCUACCAGAACUCAAAGGCAAAAGAGUGGUCGUUGCUCUAUGCAGUGGUAAUAUAGACAUUCCCCUGCUGCAUCAGUGCCUAGACAGGGCACUAGUAUUGGAUAACAGGCUGUGCAAGUUCUCCGUUCAACUGACAGACUGUGCUGGAGAUCUCACAAAGCUGCUUGAAAUACUUGCACGUGAAGAAGUGCACGUGCUGAAUAUUACUCAGGAACGGGCUUUUAUCACCUCAGAUAUCUUCGUUGUUAAGGUUACCUGUGUUAUUGAGGUCCGAGAUAGGAUACAAGGUGCACAGUUGCAGAGAACCCUGAAUGAUCGCUAUGCCACAUUUACGUGGCUGAACCAAUAAGAAGACUUGAACAUAUAAAGAAAAAUGUGUUUCACUGGAAGCACACAGUGGGGAAAGAAUAUAAUGGAGCACAUGAAACAUUUUCAAGUAGUUUAGCAAGUAUAUGGCUGUCAUGCUGCCUGAUACAGAAGAUUUCUCAAGAUGGUGCCAUCAAAACCAGCAAUCACUCCAUUAGGGCCAACUUUAAACUAAAAUUCAGUGAUGCCCAUUGACGAGUACUCAACUGUCAGAUGUGCAAUCUUAUAGAAUCCCUCCAGUGUGGAAACAGGCCCUUUGGCCCAACAAGUCCACACCAACCCUCAGAGUAUCCCACCCUGACCCAUCCCCCGAGAACCCACACACCCCUGAACACUACAGGCAAUUUAGCACAGCCAAUCCACCUGACCUGCACAUUUUUGGACUGGGAGGAAACUGGAGCACCCGGAGGAAACCCACGCAGACACGGGGAGAAUGUGCAAACUCCACACAGACAGUCACCCGAGGGUGGAUUGAACCCAGGUCCCUGGAUGUUGUGAGGCAGCAGUGCUAACCUUUGAGCCAGCUUUUGCUAUGCAACUUCAAAUCAUGGCUCUUUCUGGUCUCACAGAUGCCAAAAAUUCAACUGUCACACUUUGGAAGAGCAGGAUAUUUCUGCCCUGCGUCCUGACUAAUAUUUAUGCUAUGAUCAAAUUUCUAUUUUAAGUCUCAAACUGGAGCUUAUAUGGGAAUAUUGGAGACAGGAAUCACAUAUUCAGCAUAUGUGUCAUAAGACUGGGACCAGGAACAGGCUGUGGACACCACAGCAUAGGAGUAAUACAUUGGUCCUGGAGAGUACAGCAUUGGUUUGCCAGAAUGUUAACAGGUGCAUGGGUUGCUGGAAUUUCCCCAACUCUUUGAUUGCCUGGGAUGGGAAAAUCUUUAUAAACAUGCAUUGGAGCAACUCCUUGUCAUUUUCCUGUCUCUGGUUGCUUUUUUGAGGGGUGGAAUGCUUUCCAAAUUACAAAUCAACUAGCAGAAUUUGGGGAGCCAACUAAAGGCUAUUAAAGCAUUAAUUAAUUGGUAUUUUUCAGGGGUGAUGGCAUCCAUCUUGAUGGUUGCAAAUGGGAUCCCUGUCCUCUGUUUGAGGGCACAGCAGGAAGGCAGAAUACCGUGAGUUGAUCCCCCUGAUAUUUCUGCCUAUUGGCCAAAAUUACAGUUGUUCCCAAUAGCUUUCCCUAGAUAAUAGCCACAUGGAGGAGGGCAGAAUGCAAGACACCCACGGUGUGAUACACACAAAACAAUCAACAAGUUUCUAAACAAAAACAAAGUUGCUGGAAAAGCUCAGCAGGUCUGGCAGCAUCUGUGAAGGAAAAAGCACUUAACAUUUCAGCUCCGUUGACCCAAACAUUUCACCUGAAAGACAGAGGCAGUGCAGCCCUUCUUCAAUUGUAUCUGGAGUAUUAGUUUAGAUUAAUUGGAGGAAUGGGAUGUGAACCCAUGACCUUCUUACUCCAGAGAAGUCAAUGAGCCAGGGCCAACAUCUAAAAUAUGCUCAGAGGUUCUUUUGAGAAGUUACUCCUGAAAUGUUGCUAGUUUUCCUUUCUUUACAGAGACUGCCAGACUUGCUGAGUGUUCGUAGCAUUUUCAGUUUCUCCUUUGUGGCCUGUCACUAUAAGACUCCAGGCAGGCAGGCUCUUGAGUCACACAUCCUAAGUUCCACAAUUAUGUUGUGUUCUAGAGUGGUUGUAGCUGACCUUCUCCCCAGUCCUGUUAACAACUAGCUACACUGAUGACUUUACUAGUGUUUUCUGUUUAAAGAAAUAUUCAACAGACUAAUGGACAAAUAAGAUUAAAAACAGACUUUCCAAACUGUGUAAACCAUUGACCAAGCAGGGAGUGUGAAGCCAAAUUGUCUCCCAAUCCUAGGAUUGCUUUCAGCCUCUAGAGAUUACAGAUGAUUCUUUUGUUCAGAUGCAUACAAAAUAAGCCACUAAUUCCACAUAUAUUAAAAGGCAAGGGUGAAUAUUUAGUCAGCGUGCAUUUGUGCAUGGGAAGCCACGCCUGACAAAUCUUUCAGAGUUUUUCGAAGAGGUAACCAAGAGAAUAGAUGAGGGUGGGGCAAUGGAUGUUGUCUGUAUGAACUUUAUGAAGGCCUUUAACAAAGUACUACACAGCAGGCUAUUCAUGAAGGUUAGGUCGCAUGGGACCCAGGGACAGUGAGCUAACUGGAUUCAAAAUUGACUCAAUGGCAUGAAGCAAAGGGUGAUGGUUGAAGCUUCCGUCUUGGGCUGGAAGCCUGUGAAUAGUGGUGUGCCACAGGGGUCGGUGCUGGGACUUUUGUGACUUGUUAUUUACAUAAAUGAUCUGGAUGUGAAUGUCCAAGGCUUGAUUAGUAAGUUUGCGGAUGAAACAAAAUUAGUAAAUAUUGUUGGUAGCGGUGAAGGUUAUCAAAGAUUACAGAGAGAUCUUGGCCAGUUGGGGAUGUGGGCAAUGGAUUGGCAAAUAUUAUUCAAUACAGAUAAGUGUAAGAUGUUGAACUUUGGAAAAUCAAACCAAGGUAUGACUUAUACAGUAAAUGGUAAGGUCCUGAGGGAUCUAUGAGUACAAGUACAUAGUUUGUUGAAAGCAACAUCACAGGUAGACAGAAUGGUGAAGAAGGCAUUUAGCGUGCUGGCUUUCAUCAAUCGAGACAUUGACUAAAGGAGUUGGGAUGUUAUGUUACAGUUGUAUACAUCAUUGGUGAGGCCACACUUGGAGUAUUAUGUGCAGUUUUGGUCACCCUAUUACAGGAAAGACAUAGUUAAACUGGCAAAUGUAUAAAGAUUUAUGAAGAUGUUUCCAGGACUAGUAAUCCUGAGUUAUAGGGCGAGGUUGGCCAGGGUAGGACAUUUUUCCUUGGAACAUAGGAGAAUAAGGCGUGACCUUAUUGAGGCGUGUAAACUCGUGCGGGGCAUAGAUAGGAUGAAUGCAUACAAGUCUUUUUCCAGGGAUGAGGAAUUGAAAACUAGAGGUCAUAGGUUUGAGGUGAAAAGGGAAAGAUUUAAGAAGGACCUGAGGGGCAACUUCUUCACUCAGAGUGGUGUGUAUAUGAAAUGGGCUGCUAGAGAAAGUGGUUGAGGCAGGUACAAUAGCAACAUUAAAGAAACAUUUGGUUAGGUUCAUGGACGGGAAGAGUUUAGAAGGAUAUGGACCAAAUAUGAGCAAUUAGAACUAGCUGAGUGGGCACCAUGGUCAGCACGGACCAGUUUGGGCUGAAGGGCCUGUUUCUCUGCUGCAUUACUGCAGUACUCUGUGUUUAGAAAUGAAGGUGAGUUAGAAAAUAUAAGGAAGAACUUAGAUUAGGCACUCGUGUGAUCUGCAAAGAUUGGGGUACACUAUCACUCCCGGCAAUAACAUUUUGAUUUAAUUUUGAUAAGUUUCCAUUGUAAGUUUCUGUUAACAUUGCAAUUUUUUUGUUACACUGCCCCAACUGAGGCUGUCUAAUCUGGUUGAUGUAUAUUUACUUUAAAGAGUAAACAGCUUGUCAUUGGCAGGGCAUCACAUCGAACUGGAAGGCUUCAAUCUGGACCUGUGCUGUGUUGGCUGAUUGCUCAACAUAGGACAGCACAGUCAACCUCUGAGCUCCUGGGUAGAGGUGGGAAAUUUGACAAAGAUUCAUGAUUGCUAUCCAAUGCCUCACAUAAGUCGGUACAUGGUUAUGUGGCAUUGGAUGGGCACCAGAAUGAUUGUUGGAUAAAGACAACCCUUUUCUCACAAGUGACUGACAUUGAAUUCCUUUAAACGCAGCAUAAUUUUCUGGAGUGAGGUAGUCUACAGCUGUAUCUUCAGCGCCUCACAUAUAGCUUAAGUCCGGAUUCAAAUUUGUUCGUACAGAUAACACUAACUCCUGAUACAAACAAAACUUGGAUUCUGAUAUAUAGGGUUUUAAAGUAAUGAUGAAAGCAGUAUAUGGAACAACCAUUCCAAACCUUCAAAUACACAAAAAUGAAAGAAAAUAAUAAAAUCACAAAGGAAUGAGUUAUCUGGCCUUAAAAGAGCUGGAUCAGGUUCAGAAGCAGUGCAUAGAUCCAAUACCUCUGCUGUAAAGCACUUUUUAUUAGAAGUCAGUUAUCAUCUGUAUGAAGAUAGCUAGUUUACAUUCUAAAGGAUUAUCUUAUGCAAAGGCAAUUUGUAUGUUUCUUUAUUGUUAUGUAGCUUUAAUUAAUAUUAUAUUAGAUAAUAAAUGU